AUGGCAAGGGCCCUGGGAGACCCUCCCCAGGAUGGCGUCCAAGCCCCAGCACUCAACGCUUCCCAAGGUGUGGCCCCCGGCUGUCUCCCUUUUCGGCUCCUUCCCAGCCUCUUGCUUCUGACCUGGUUGCCCACCAGCCUGGCCCGCCAUGACCCCCCACUCUGGGGGGGCCCCCACUCCCACGGGACCCCACGCUGCUACUCGGCUGAGGAACUGCCCCUUGGCCAGCCACCCCCACACCUGCUGGCUCGAGCUGCCAAGUGGGAGCAGGCCUUGCCUGUGGCCCUGGUGUCCAGCCUGGAGGCGGCGGGCCACAGAAGGCAACAAGAGGGGCGCCCAGCUGAGACCCAGUGCCCGGUGCUGCGGCCGGAGGAGGUGUUGGAGGCGGACACCCACCAGCGCUCCAUCUCGCCCUGGCGGUACCGCGUGGACACGGACGAGGACCGCUACCCGCAGAAGCUGGCCUUCGCCGAGUGCCUGUGCCGCGGCUGCAUCGACGCCAGGACCGGCCGCGAGACGGCCGCGCUCAACUCCGUGCGGCUGCGCCAGAGCCUGCUGGUGCUGCGCCGCCGGCCCUGCUCCCGCGACGGCGCGGGCGCGCCCACGCCCGGGGCCUUCGCCUUCCACGCCGAGUUCGUCCGCGUGCCCGUCGGCUGCACCUGCGUGCUGCCCCGCUCGGCGCGGUGA